AAAAUUUAAUAGUAAUUUAUUUAAAAUAUUUAAAUACUUUCUAAUAGAGCCCCCUUUUGGCAAUUUACAAAAUUAAACUUAACCUAACAUUUUAUUUUCCAUGUUCAAUUCAUAAUUACAAAAAUGUUGGCCCUUUUUAGACGUGUUGUACCACGAGUACCUUCAGUUUCUAGAAUAUCAUCGCUUAAAUAUUCCGAUGAUGCACCUCAAUUCGAUAUGGAAAAUCCUUAUGAAAAGGAGAAGGCCUGCUGCAUAUUAUGCAAGAAUAACAUAAUACCAGACUACAAGAACGUAAAACUGUUGUCCCAGUUUCAGUCACCAUACACUGGAAGAAUAUAUGGAAAACAUAUAACUGGUUUGUGUUCACAACAACAAAAACUUGUGGAGGCAGAAAUAGUAAAAGCCCAAACUUCUGGAUUAAUGGCUGUAUAUUUGAAGGAACCAUGUUACUUAGGUGAUCCAAAAUUGUUUAACCCAGAAAAGCCAUUAAGGCCACAUAGAUUUUAAUUAAAUUUUAUUAGGCAGUCUUGUAUAGAAAUAAAGUAAUGUAAAAAAUCA